UUCUCGCGACGUUUCGGCUCCGGGUGGGAGGCAGCGUUGACUCCGCAGCGGGUGCAAGAUGCGCUCAGAGAAGGAGGGGGUGGGAGGCUCCGGGGCGGCCGUCGCCGCGCGGGGCCCGAGCGGGAGGGAAAAGGUGUCUGCUGUGGAAGUCCAGUUCCGCCGGGAGUCGCCGCGGCGGGAACCAGAGGUGCCGCCAGCCUCGUCCUUCGGCUGUGGGGGCGGUACAAGCAAACCUCGCGAGGAGAAGAAGACAGUUCUGAGCAAGGUGGUGAUCCGGCGGCUGCCUCCCGGCCUCACCAAGGAGCAGCUGGAGGCGCAGCUGCACCCGCUGCCCGCGCACGACUACUUCGAGUUCUUCACGGCCGACCUGAGUCUUUACCCUCAUCUUUACUCAAGAGCAUACAUCAAUUUUAGAAAUCCUGAUGACAUCCUUCUUUUUAGAGAUCGUUUCGAUGGCUAUGUCUUCAUCGACAGUAAAGGCCUAGAAUAUCCUGCGGUGGUAGAGUUUGCCCCAUUCCAGAAGAUAGCCAAAAAGAAAAUAAAGAAAAAAGAUGCCAAAACUGGAAGCAUUGAAGACGAUCCAGAAUAUAAGAAGUUUUUGGAAACUUACUGUGUGGAGGAAGAGAAACCUAAUGCCAAUCCUGAAACUCUCCUGGGAGACAUAGAGGCAAAGACUAGAGAACUUAUUGCUAGAAGAACCACACCUCUUUUGGAAUAUAUUAGAAAUAGAAAAUUAGAGAAGCAGAGGAUUCGGGAAGAGAAGCGAGAAGAGCGAAGGAGAAGGGAGCUGGAGAAGAAGCGUUUACGGGAAGAGGAAAAGAGAAAAAAGCGAGAAGAGGAGAGGUGUAGGAGGAAAGAGGCAGACAGACAGAGGAGAGCUGCUGAGAGAGAAGUAAGGAUUAAGCUUCUUAAGAAACCAGAAAAGGGGGAGGAACCAACUGAAAAGCCAAAAGAAAGAGCAGAGGAAGUGGAUAUCGGAGAUGGAAAACGGGAGCCCUGUGCUGUCCUGAAGCCCACGCCCUUUGGGAGCUUGGUGGAGGAGCCCAGGGAAAAGUCACAGAAUGACAGUGAUAAAGAGCAAAGGGAGAUGGAGAGAAGAUUUCGAGAAAAAGAGCCUGAAACACAAAGAUGCCCUGUGGACGACAGCAGAAAACACAGAGCUCCCUGUGAGUUAGACAAGUUAUCAAGGAGAAACGAAGAAGAGCCAAAAUGGGGGAAAGGAGUCCCCCCAGACACAGGGAAGAAGGGGAACCAGGACAGUGGCGUCCCUGUGGAGGCAGCAGAGUGGCCCGGGAGAGAGCACAGGAGUGAAGGCGGCCCAGCACCCAAAGCAGAGCGCCUGGGAAACAAGGACCGGCCAGCCUUGCAGCUGUACCAGCCAGGAGCUCGCAUCCGAGCACGAGAAACUGGUGGGGGAGUCUCCAUGGAGGGCCAUGAUGGGAGCAGGGGCGAGGCUGAAGAUUCGGCGUGGGCUGGUUCCCAGAAGAGUGAAGAGGCAGGGUGAGUCAGCGCGCACGCUUGCUCGGAAGCUCCCAUUCAGCGUUUUAUGGGUUAGAAAGGGCAUCCAGAAAUGUAUCAAUUAGCCUCGAGUAAAACUCGCAAGGUAUAUUUACUCCUUAUAAAGAAGUCAGAAACUAGAAAUAUAAAUGUGGUAUAGAAACAUCUAGAAACCAUUCUUAAGAAAGAAGCAAUCUGUUAAAAAAUUGAAAGUUGAGUUGUCAUAGAUCUUACCGUUUUUAGUUUAAACUAGUAUAUACUGUUUAGCCAAAAUAGAACAGAUAAUCUGUUUUGAAAAGUAGAAAGUAUGAUUAAAACAGGGACGAAAAUUAGUAUUGUACCAGUGUGAACUCUGAAGCACUUGAAACAUGUUGUGGGAAUAACCUGUACUUUGAGUUCUACACAGUUGUAAGUAAGUGAUCUCUAGGGAUCUGGAUCUUGUGUGUGUGCGCAUCACUGUAGUUUAAAAAAGGGGAGGGAGCCGCGCUCAUGCCAUUGUAAGCUGGUGAUCCAGACACCUGUGCCCCGUGCCGGGAGCAUUCUCUGACGUCUGCGUGCUAUAUAGCCCCUAGGACAGGAGCGUUGCCACCAUGUGAACCACAGCUUGAAGUAUUGCCCCUUCAACAGUCUGGCCACUGACUUUUUUCACAGUCUCCUGAUGGGUGUGCGGCUCGUGGUGUAUAACCGCUGUUACGUAAGGGCUGCUGAGGUAACAUAAGGGCAUUAUUUGGGGACAGGAAUAACUUAGGUACAGCAUCUGGGGUUUUCCUUUUUGCAGUCUGAGGCUGUUUUAUUUUUGAAAGGACUUAAUGGAGCUUUCUGCAAUUAUGUGUACACAGUAUUUUUUAAUGUUUGUGAAAUUUUUAAACAUUAAUGUAUUUUGGUACUAUGCUUUGGACCACAUAUUAAAUAAUUUUAGUUGCUAUGGAUUUGAAUUCCAGUUACAGUACUUUUCCUACAUUGAAUUUUACAUAAUAAAAUAUUGCUUUUCAAAAUGUA